AUGUGGUGCUGGCCGGGGCGAGGCUAUGCGUCCGGCGGCCUGGCGGGGCGUAGACACGAGGCCGGGCCUGCCUGCAGUGAACAGCGACGGUGGCGUUUUUCUGACGUGACUCCAUCAAGCCGGGAGGAUUGGCAAAUAUCAGAGGUCAGCCAGACUUUGGGCCCAGCGUUUUACAGCCGCCAUUACGGCCCUGGCCGGUUUUGA